AUGGGUGCUGUAGCAUCAACACCAUCUAUUGCAACAGAAUUAGCACUACCCGUAGCUAAAGUUACAGGCAUUUUCAUCUAUCCAGUUAAGUCAUGCCGUGGAAUCUCUCUUCCUUCUGCUCCUGUCACUCCUUUUGGAAUUCGGUGGGAUCGACAGUGGGUGGUUGUGAACUCGAAAGGGAGAGCACGCACACAAAGAGUUGAACCAAAGCUUGCUUUGGUUGAGGUUCAACUUCCUCCUGAGGCUUUUCUUGAACAUUGGGAACCUACCACUGAUUCCUUUAUGGUGUUGAAAGCACCUGGAAUGGAACCUCUCAAAGUUUGUUUGAACAAACAGCAGUAUGAAGUAGCGGAUGAUAUUACCGUCUGGGAAUGGAACGGCCCUGCCUGGGAUGAGGGAGCCGGAGCAUCGCAGUGGUUCUCGGAUUACUUAGGAUCUCCUAGUAAGCUGAUCCGGUUCAAUACAGCUUCAGAAAUUAGAAAAGUAGACCCUGAUUAUGUCGAGGGACAGCAGAUGACCUUGUUCAGUGAUGGUUAUCCAUUCUUACUCUUAUCUCAGGAAUCACUGGAUGCACUAAACAAGCUUCUAGAGGAACCGAUACCUAUAAAUCGUUUCAGACCCAAUAUCCUUGUUGAAGGCUGUGAACCAAAUGCUGAAGACUUGUGGAGAGAUAUCAAGAUAAGCAGGUUUUCAUUUCAAGGUGUCAAGCUGUGUGCCCGUUGUAAGGUACCAACGGUCAAUCAAGAGACGGGAAUACCUGGAACUGAACCAUAUGAAACUCUCGUGAAAGUCAGGUCUGGCCAAGUCUUGAGACCAAAUGAAAAAAACAAAAACAAGAUCUACUUUGGUCAGAAUUUAGUGUGGAACUGGAAAGAUUCUUCUGCUAAAGGGGGUGGAAAUGUGCUUAAAUUAGGAGAUCCUGUUUAUAUUAUCAAAAAAUUCUCUUCUCUAGCCGAAGCAGCUGCUUAA